AUGUCAGAAGUUCUAAAUCCAGCUUUACUAAAAGAAACAAAUUGGAAAGACAAAUGUUUUCCGGAUUCAAAUGCCUCUUGUUUAAAAAACUCCUAUCAUACAGCAACUCAAACAGCAAUAUAUUUGUUCCUGCUAUUAGCAAUGAGUAUUACCAUUCUAGGGAAUGCUGUGGUCAUCAUCUCCAUAGCUCAUUUUAAACAACUUCACACACCUACAAACAUUUUGGUGAUGUCCCUGGCACUGGCUGAUCUAAUUGUGGGAGUAAUUGUAAUGCCGUUCAGCAUGAUCAGAUCUGUAGAUGGUUGCUGGUACUUUGGCCAGGAAUUCUGCCUUUGGCAUUCUAGUUUUGAUGUCUUCCUUACAACUGCAUCAGUCUUCCACUUGAUUUGUAUCGCUAUUGAUCGAUAUGAAGCUGUGUGUUAUCCACUUCAGUACCCUACAAGAGUAACUACACCAAUUGUGUGGCUUAUGGUAGCAAUAAGUUGGAUUGCAGCUGCAGUGUAUUCAUUCGGCCUCCUUUUUUCAAAAGCAAACGUAAAAGGCUUAGAUGAAUACAUUGCGUCUACAUAUUGUCUGGGAUACUGCAAUAUUUUGUUCAAUGCACUGUGGUCUGUUUUGGAUACAUGUAUAUGUUUCAUGUUGCCUUGCUCUGUUAUGGGUUUUUUAUAUGCCAAAAUAUUUCUUAUUUCUAAAAAACAUGCAAGAAAUGUUGAUGGUGUGAAACAGGGCAAAAAUUAUAUAACCAAGUUUUCACAAAAAGCAAAACAUGAGAACAAAGCAGCAAGAACUCUUGGUAUUGUUGUAGGUGCAUUUAAUUUGUGCUGGAUGCCAUUUUACAUCAACUCUCUCAUUGAUCCUUAUGUAAACUUUGCUACCCCUGGGGUCCUUUUUGAUAUUUUUGUCUGGUUAGGUUACAUUAAUUCAACUUUAAAUCCUAUAAUAUAUGGUCUUUUUUAUCCAUGGUUCAGGAAAACACUUUAUCUCAUGCUUACACUAAAAAUAUUUUCUCCAAAUUCUUCUGAUAUUAAAGUGUAUGCAACUUAA